AUGAUUCUCAUGAACCAAGAGGCUGAUGGCUUUAGCACCUUAGCUGAAUCUCAUGCACUGCCUGCGACGCAUGUUAGUUAUGCUGCAGGGUUGCAAAUUAAGUCUUAUAUAAGGUCAACCUCAAGUCCUACAGCCAAAAUCUUGUUCAACGGCACUGUCAUCGGAGAUGCACUUGCUCCCAAAGUCGCUUCCUUUUCGUCUAGAGGACCAAGCUCUGCAAGCCUUGGAAUUCUGAAACCUGACAUCAUUGGACCCGGUGUUGACAUCCUAGCAGCCUGGCCUGUUGCCGUGGACCAGACACAAUCUAAGGCAACAUUUAACAUAAUUUCAGGUACCUCAAUGUCAACUCCUCACCUGAGUGGCAUUGCAGCCUUGCUCAAGAGCUCACACCCUGACUGGUCUCCAGCUGCUAUUAAGUCUGCCAUCAUGACAACCGCCAACGUCCUAAACCUUGCGGGCAAGCCCAUUGUUGAUCAAAGGCUUGAGCCCGCGGACAUCUUUGCAACUGGUGCAGGCCAUGUUAACCCUUCAAAAGCUAAUGACCCGGGGCUCGUCUAUGACACACAACCAAAGGAUUACAUUCCCUACUUGUGUGGUUUGAAUUACACAGACCAACAGAUACAGCUCAUCACCAAACAAGCAGUGAUCUGCUCUCAAGUAGAAGCCAUACCAGAAGCACAGCUAAACUACCCUUCAUUUUCCAUUAAAAUAAGGUCCAAUGAGACUCAGUCUCAGUAUUAUACAAGGACAGUGAGGAACGUUGGACCGGCUAGUUCAACUUACAACUUGGAUCUUCUUGUACCACAUAAAAUGGGGAUGAGUGUGAACCCUCAGGUGCUCACAUUCACAGAGGUAAACCAGGAGCUUACGUUCCAUGUGGAGUUCAGCGCAGCAGAUGGCGCUGGCAAGGAUGGCGUACCGAUUUCUCAGGGAUAUUUGAGAUGGUUUUCUGAUAAGUAUAAUGUUACUAGUCCAAUAGCUGUGGUCUUUGAAUCUACCUAG